AGACAGUCGGUGGAUUUCAAUCAUGAAAUGAGUCGAAUGUUUAUACUUACACUAGUUCGCCAGUAAGCUUAUCCAAGUUAAUCUUAAUUAAUUUUUUUUUUUUGAUGAAACGAAGUAAUUCCAGAUUUAUUAUUUAAAUGACUACGAAUUUGUAUCUAUAUGCAAGUAUAAUGCAAUAACUUUAAUAAAGCCUUUACUUAGCUUUACUUUUACUACUUUAUUAAAAAAGGUCACAUAAUUGAGAAUGUUUAUACUUACACCAGUUCGCCAGUAAGCUUAUCCAAGUUAAUCUUAAUUAAUUUUUUUUUUUUUUUGAUGAAACGAAGUAAUUCCAGAUUUAUUGUUUAAAUGACUACGAAUUUUUAUCUAUAUGCAAGUAUAAUGCAAUAACUUUAAUAAAGCCUUUACUUAGCUUUACUACUUUAUUAAAAAAGGUCACAAAAUUGAGAAUUCAGUACUGGAACGUGACUUACACCAGUUCGCCAGUAAGCUUAUCCAAGUUAAUCUUAAUUAAUUUUUUUUUUUUUUUUGAUGAAACGAAGUAAUUCCAGAUUUAUUGUUUAAAUGACUACGAAUUUGUAUCUAUAUGCAAGUAUAAUGCAAUAACUUUAAUAAAGCCUUUACUUAGCUUUACUACUUUAUUAAAAAAGGUCACAUAAUUGAGAAUUCAGUACUGGAACGUGCCGGUAUGUUACACUCACCACACUCCUUAACUUACACAGAUGACCAGUCACUGUCUCUCCUCUCACUCACAGUGUCAGUCAGUCAAUGUGAGUUAUUCCGUGCCAGUACUCCCAUUCUCAGUAUUGAGUCAACAAAGGGUAGUAUUGACUGACACAAGUGUAUUACUAUUAUACAGUUUAUUGUGAUUCUUCCAUGUUGAUGACUAGAGUCGACUAAAGUCUAAAGACUAAAGAGUAUUCAGUAAUAUUGCCUAGGUCAAGUAAUACUUAAUUAUAUAUAUAUAAACUAGUACUACUAAACUAAUAUUGCACUACAAUCAUAACUUGUCACUGGCACUGCUUCUUCAAUUACCGUAUUAAAUUAUUAAAUUUAACUUAUUAGUCUUAGUACUAGUACUAAUAUAAUUAUAUUAGACAAGGAUGUAAGUGUAAGCAAGUACACACUUACUUCAAUUAGACCUAUUUUAAUUUUAUAAUUUAUGGGAUUUGUACUACAGACUACAACUGUCAUAAGUAUAUAUAUAAUAUAUAUAUAUAUAUAUAAAGUACUUCGUCCUAGGUCAUACUAGUCUUGUCUGGGAGAGUUGAUGCGAGCGCUUUAAACGCAGCGUUUUCUGUUGACCAGAAUGUCCUCAGGCGGGGAAACCUUCAUCAACGAAAUCCAAACAAGCUGUUGCGGGUGGGGGCAGUCCAGGUCUGGGGAAGUCCUUGGUGUGCCGCCGCACAGUCCGGGGUCAGGGAGACCCGGCGUCUGGACUGUGUCGAGGUGCGUUGGGGAGGGCAUUAAGAGCUCAUGCUCAACGGCCUGUCGACGCCAUUUCCCAAUGUGACAUAUAUAGUAGUUUUGUCUGAGUAGUGUUACUUUAAACAGGACUGAGCUGAGGAAAAGUUUGAGCCCAGGGCGAAGCCUUAACUUAAUAUGGGGCUCUCCCCUCCAAUUUUCAUCAAUAAAUGAUAUAUUAUAUAGUCCAACAAACUUUCUUUACCAUAGCCUUUUCAACGAGUUCUUUUGAAUCUUUCCUGUCAUCUCUAACUCUUUCCAAAUUUUUUAUUCAUUAAAAAAGGGUGUAGAAACUGUCACUUUAAUCAAAGAGUUGGGGGGGAGGGGCAGAAAGCAAGGGAGUCAAAGAUUCAGAGUGAAAUUAGGAGCCCAUCCCCGAAAAUUUUUGAUAGAUGAUUCAAAAUGCUGAGAUUAGAGAGCAACAAAAGAGAUACUAAAGUCUAAAGGAAAUUUAAAUGUCCUGUGACCUGGUUGUGUUUAUGAAAAUCCUUUAUUUUUUGUUGUUAUUACAUAGUAAUGUUUUUUACAACUUCUAUUUAAACUAUUAAUCUGUUUAAACUACAUGAUUUUUUUUUUUAUUAGAAAAAAAUCAUAUCAUCAAAUGUCAAAUAAAUACAUAUAUGAUUUUGGUUUCCCCUGGUGCUAGCGCCUGGUUUCUCUUUUACAAAAUUAAGAAUAAGUCUAUUUGUGAAUGAUUUGGAUUCUCACAAUAUCUAUUUAGGUGGAGACUGCUUUGAGAAGUAAAUGAUACAUCAUACGCCUAGCACUAAUAUUAGAUACCACGCUGCCCAAGUUUAAUGUUGAAUGGACCAGCAGGCUUUAAGUUUCAUUUUAAAUGUAAUAUUACUAUAUACAAAAUCUCUGAAUAACAAUUUUAAACAUAUGCCAUUUUUAUAUUACUAGUAUGAAAUCGUAUUUGUCUCGUAUACAUAGGAAACUUUAAAAAACCAGUUACAAAAUUUGGGAAAAUGAUAUUACUUCAAAAAGUUUAAAUUUUCAUUUCAGUGGGGAAACCAUGUCUAACAGAGACAGGAUCAUGCAAGGUAAGAUAUUUCUAACCUUAUCAUAAUGUAUAACAAGAGUUAUAGACAUAAUAACAUGAAGCAAUUAAAACUAAGUUACAGAAGAUGAAGACUGGGAGGGGGUAUAAUUUCAGAGUGAUAUGCUAGGGACAGUGGUGUGUUAUUGCAGAUAUAUAUAAUAUAUCUUUUACCUUGUUUGUAAUUUUUUAUUUCAAAGGUGGAAUAGAUUAUUUAUUUAAAAAGAAACUUUGGGAAUCUUUCAUUUGUUUUUGUAUAAAUAUACUAAUGGCUUGCUAUACAUUGUAAUAUUUAAACAUGACUCUGUGUGUAAACAUAAUUGCAAAAAUGGACAGUAUACUUGGCAGUUAUAAAAAUAAAUUAUAAAAUUUAAAUCAAAAUAAGUGAAGCAACAGUUUAUUUUGGAAAAAUAAACUUUGGGUCUUUCAUAAAAUUUUUAUAACAAUCUUUUAAACUAAAAUACAAAUUUAACUUAUGUUUAGGUCAGCUCGACACAAAGCUAUCUGACCUUGGACACACACAAGCCAAACUUGUGGCUGAACGUUUGCAGAAUAUUCAGUUUUUACUGAUGUUCUCCAGUGACCUGGCCAGGGCUGCGGACACAGCAAGGGCCAUUGAAAGCUGCAAUACUGUGUCUACAUGUGGUCUCAUCUUAGACAAGAGACUAAGAGAAAGGGUUUGUCCAUCCUCUUGAUCUUUUAUUCUUAGUAGAACCUUAUAUUGCACCUGAUGUUAGGGCUAUUGCCUUGAUUAACAGUUUUUCAUUUUCAACAUCUCUGGGCUGAAAUUUCUUAAGUUUCCAUUCAUUGUGUGGGCUCGUCAUUGAAGUCAUGUAGGGAUGGUGGAGAGUGUCCCGCUAAACAUGAGGAAUAGUGGUUGUAGGCCCCCUGGACACAAAUUAGGUUUUAUGACUCCCAAAACAUCAUUACGCAUGCAAAGUGUAUUUAUAUCUAUAUAAAUAUAUUGAGUGAUGCCAAUAUUCAUGUUUUGCCCAAGGCUGCAGCUUUUAUUUUUAGCACUAAACUGGAUGGAUGUAGGAGCUUGAUACUCAUUAGGGGGCUAGACAUAAAUCAUGCCAGGUUAUUCUUAGCGGGCCCCCCCAAUCCCCCCAAAAUCACCUUAAAUUUAAUUAGUGACACCCACCCCCACCCCCAAUGUGUGAUGUCAUUUAUGGAGAAAGUUGGCUUUAAUGUUGUUGUUUUUUAAAUUUGAGUGCUAUAUUCUUGUUUUGUUGUUGGAUAUAAAUUGUAAGUAGUGUAAUAUAUUUUCUCCCUUUGCAAAUAGUUUGUUAUAAAAAUUAGUUAUAAUAAUAUGUUAAUUUGUGUAAAUCCUCAGGAAAUAUAUUUGGAUAAAUAACUUGAUAACUUUCUUUGAGGACUUAAUAAAUUAUAUGGGCUAAAAUAUUUGCAGAAUUCUACAACUUUUGAACAUUUUCAUAAGAAAUAAAUAUUUUUUAUACUUAGAUUUUACAAAUAUUUAUUUUCACUCAUAAUUUUUAUUUCAAAUAUUUUUUUUUUAAAAUUUGAACCAAUGACUAUAUAUUAUAAACAAAUAUUUUACAUAUACAAUUACAAUAACGGGACCCAAUUUUUAUUGGAUGUACCUCAAAAACUUUGUGAGUAACUGCUAUUUAGUAUUUGUAUAUGACAACUGCUUCAUCAAAUAGAAAUGCUACAAUACUAAUAAAUUUCAUCUAGGGCUUUGGCUAUUUAGAGGGCAAACCUCUGAGUGAGUUUAAAACUGCUUUGAGCGAAGCUAACGUGCCAAGUGAAUCAUUCACACCAGAGGGAGGGGAAACUAUGGACGAGGUAGGGUGUUCUUGAUAAUGUGAUAAUUGUCACAUUUUGAUAAAACCUGCCUGUAAUUAUAUUGAUAUACAAGUAUUACCUUUAUGAAAUUAUUAUAAGUUUAAUAAAGGGCAUUCCUGGAGAAAAGGGUUUAAAUAUCACAAACUUGACAACCAACUUAAAUUUUUGGUGUAUAAAAACUUUUGAUUCGAUGCCUCAACAUUACACGACAGAUCAUUUUUAUAUCAUAUCGAGUUGGAUAUUCAUUUUUGAAAAUUUUAAAAUAAAUGCUUCAAAAUAUUGGGGGUAUAUGGUUCGAUAAAAAAAAAUUGUUUAGAGAUUUUUAAAUAAAUGCAAAAUAACAGUUGUGUCCUAUUCACCAAAAAAUUCAUAUGAACAAAUAAGCAAGUCUGAAAAAUAUUUAGUUAUUUCUAUUUCUACAUACUUUAAAUUGUUGAUUGUGACAUUCACUGUCAACUGGUGUUGUGAAGGUCAACUAGUUUGGGUUGUGGGACUAAUAAUACGAUUGAAAAUCACAGAAUUGUCAUCAUGGGCAUCGUUCAAUGUAUGUCGGAUGAAUCUCCCCUCCCCUUUCUCUUAAAAAUUAUAACCAGUAUUGAGAGAAAAAACUAGCUCAACACAAGUAAAAGCGAAAUUUAUAAUAUCCAAUUAUGACUUAGCGAAUUGUCUGACAAUAUUAAAACAAUUUAAUUAUGUGAAUCCUCUUAGUUUGUUAAUAGCAUUAUUUAUUAUCCAUCUGAAUCUCCUGACAGUGACACCCCCAACCCCCCUCUUUAUUAAAAAAAAACCAACCAAUGGGUGCCCAAGAUUAUAAUGUGAUUUGGCAAUGUUAAUAUCUUGUUGAUUAUUUGAAUUAUAGAUAUUCAAUUCUGAAUAUUUCAGGUAAAAUCAAGAGCUAAGAGCUUUUUGGAGGAUCUUUUCCUGCAAAUGUCAGAACUUCUUUAUCAAGGUGUAAACAUGUCUUCUAUAGCACAAAACAGAGGCAAAUCAGCAUCAGAAAGGAGCAGUAUUGGUCUUGAUGGAGUAGAGUCUUCAGGUCAGCUUGAUAAACUCAAAAGAAGAAAGUUUCCAUCAAACUGAUACAGCUAAUUAUUCAUUCAUCUAAAUUCUAAAUGCAAUAUUGGAGGGGUAAGGUGUGUAGAAAUGUCCUUUGAGAUCAAUAAUCUUCUUGUAACAAAAUUAUGUUGAAAUCCAACACAAUAAUAAUUAUUCAAGACAUUUUUAAGCUCAUACUCAUAUUGGAGCCUACCUAUGUUGUUUAAGAUGGCCGUUAUUACAUUUCAAAAUAAUUAUUAUUCUUGUUUCAGUUGAUAUGAUUGACUUCAGCAUGCUUUCAACUAGGCAGUCUGACUUCAGUGAAAAUUUAGGAUCUAGUGGACUCUCAAAUAGCACCAGAGCAUCUGUUGACAGCAGUCAGUCAGGGGCCAGUUCACAGCUUCUCAUUGACAUCCCAAAUUCAGAAGAUCAAACAGAUUCAAAAGGAUGGAGAGUAACCCAAGCACCACAGAGGAAUGACAGUAUAUUAACAGACUCAAAAGCUACACCAGCAGCCACCGCUGAUCAGGGAUCCAGUAGUGUUGCAUGCACUGACCAUGUCCUAGUGGUCAGCCAUGGGCUGCUUUUACGUGAACUCACUCGUAUCAUUGUGGAGCAGUGCAAACUGAAAGGACCCUAUGUGAAAGAGGCCUCACAGAUAAGCCCCAACACAGGGGUGUCCAGCUUUUUGAUGUCUAUGAGCUUUAAGAAAAAUAAACUGAGUGUGAAGUGUACAUCGUGUCUGGCAAUGAAUGACACUUCUCACCUUAGAGCUAACUCUAAGCUGCUAAUUACUAAAUUUGAAGCUCUUUGAUAGUCCUUUAGCUAGAUGUCAGUGUUGUUGCAGUGCUUAUAUCCUAUGUGAUAAAGUGUUAUAGAUUAAAUUAAUUGGGUCAUCCAAAGAAUUUACAUAUUCACAAAAAUAUAAAUGUAUCAUGAUUUAAUCCCUUCUCAAUUUUCCUCCCAUUAUGUCAGUACAGCUUCUGGUUCACUAAUAAUGACAUCUCAACUAUGCUACAUUUUUUAAAUAAAAGACAAUGAAGAGAGCAACUUGCUUGUGCAUAAUGUUCAUAAAAUUUUCUGGCUUCACAGCUGUACAGAUUUCACCUAUAGCACAUUCCUCACUCAAAUGAUUUCUUUAAAAAAACAGCAGUUUUUCAUUUUGUACCGGGUAUUUGUUUCAACUUGUAGCUCUUUUUUUAAUAUUUUUUUAUAGUAAUCUAGUCCUGGACAACAGAAUUUAAUGUUCACUUUCUAUCUGGAAUGAUUAUUUGAACUUCUGUUUUGUACAUAAUUAAAUGUUCAACCAAAUGAAAUGCACAUUCAGAUGAAUGAGUGAUUAUUUCUAAUUCUGAUUAUUAUAUUUUGUUAUUAAUUAAGUUUUUAUAGUUAGCCCUUCUAGAAAGGAACACACAGAAAUGUCCAAAAAUAAAUAUUUUUAUAUUCGAUCAAUAGCUUGUUCUCAAAACAUCAAUUUAAAAAAUAAUAAAAGUUAUUAUUUAGUGCUAAGUCUAUAACAGAUAGGAAUCUUUAAAAGUAGAUAUUGAUAUUUUAAAUUAUUAUUAAAUUGGGAAAAGUCCUAACUUGUGGUGCUUUCAAUUUCAAAAUAAGAAAUUACAAUGUUUUGUCAAAAGAAAAUGAGGUAAAAUGAAGAUUUGAUUAUAACAGAUUGAAAAUUCUGUACAGUAUUUUUGUCAUUUCCAUUUAUGUUAUUCAUAGCAUCAGCUUAAGUAUAAAAAAAAUAAUCUACUUGGAAAAUAAAUUCUAAAUAAAAUUUUCAACAUCAAGAUCAUACCCGUUAGUACAACAUUACACUGGAGUGGAAAAAAGCAGCACUGUUAGGUCUAUUAUUAUAAGACACCUAUUGUAGAGAUUAGACAGACAUGCAGAGGGAUUGGGUGAAGUAGCAGUGUAGAUUAAAUAGGUCACUUUUAUUAUCAUAAGUAAGACACCACACUGGAAUGGACUGAAGUCAUGUAUUAUUAGUAUUAUUAGAUUUAUAGUUGUUAAAACUACUUUGGAGACAGAAGUCAAAUACCUCAACUCAGUGUUGCUCAGGUCUCUUACUUUUUUAAUUAGGGCUGCUGAAUGGAUCGGAUGAGUUCUAGGUAGAAGGUUUUUAUUUCACCAGUAGGAAUACUAACUGUUUUAGUUAAAGAAAAUACAUGACAUAUUUUCAAAUCCAGCAUGUCAUCUCAAAGCUACAGGUACACCACAUAAAGUUCAAACACACGCCUCAGUAUUUUUUACAUUUUAAAGCAUUUCUAUGUGUAAAAUUUAAUAGGUAUGCAACUUAACGGGAAGAGGUCUAUUUGGAUUUAAAGAGUUGAAAUAAUUGUUCAAAUCUGAUUUUUGUGACUCAUGUUUGUCUACCUUGCCUUGGUAGUCAUAACCAACAGCUGACUACAAAGGGAAAUUUUAUGACUAAUUAUUAAAUAAUAAAUAAUAGCAAAUGGGAAGCACAUUUAAUGCAUAACAUUUAAUGCAUUACAUCAUAUAAAUAUGAAUUCAAUAAUAUGUUUGUUAAAAGUAACAGAUGGUAGUUUAUUCCAAGUUCAUUACUAAGUCUCUGUAAAUUAGGAUUGCUUUGCUGAACUGUUGACGGAAAUGGUUUUAGCAUCAAUUUAACAGAUAAAAUUUAUUAAAAAAACAGACCUUAUUAACUCUGUCGGACUGGACUCCAAACUUUCCACCAAAUCCUUUCUUAACAUCCGUUUGGCUGGCAUGAGUCGCAAGAUCCUCAUUAACUACCACACAACAACAAAAUCUUUAUCCCAAUGAGAUCUUAAAAGUUGAUUUACUAGAUAGAUAUUUUAGGACAUCUGAGCUCUGCUUUCUUAUCCUAUGGCACGGCAUAGAAUUACAAAAAAUAGAGACGAAUGGAGGAGGAUAGUUCACAUGUCAUCUGUGGCGCCCCAAUGGUUCAAGGAAUAAGGGACUUGAUGAUGAUAAUGAAACUGCACAAAAUUCAUGUGUGGCAGUUAACCUUGGAAAAAAAUUGUUUGAUCUUGGUUUUUUUUUGCUACUAAUUUUAAUUUUAAUAAAAUGGUUACCAUUCCAAUUAAUUGUUUUUCCCGAAGAAUUCGAUUUUGACCAUUCCCAAGUGUACAUUAAAAUUUUGUGUAAAAAUAGGUACACGUUUCUUUUCCUUUUUCCCCC